GAGAGGCUUCAGACAGUGACAAGCUGCUUUGAGCGUCCUCAGCGGCCCGCGAGACGAGCCCCACGCAAGGCGCCUGCACGGAGCUGUCACAUCGGCGGGUUUCCUCCGCAGCCACUUCACUUUCACGCCACAGCACGUGGACGCGUCACCAGGGUUCAUGUGUGACAUAUACAGCCUGGACCCCCACUGCGUGUCUCCACCAUGCAACAUGAGUUGGGCGAUGGAGCCUGCUAACUUCUACGAGAGCGCCAAGCUGGGCGGGCCGCAGCAGGGGGUCUGCAAGCCGGGCAGCAGGGGCGACGGCGCGGCCGAAGACGGCACCAUGGUGGAGCUGAGCACCGCCGCCAUGUACGACGACGAGAGCGCCAUCGACUUCAGCCAGUACAUCGAGUCCAUGCCGGCGGUGCCGAACCUGGAGCUGUGCAACGACGAGUUCUUCCUCGACCUGUUCAACACCGUGAAGCAGGAGAAGGCGGAUUUCUACAGCAUGCACAGCGCCGUCCUGCAGCCGCCGCCGCUGCAGCCGCCGCCGCUGCAGCAGCAGCAGCAGCCGCCCCCCGUCGGGUACGCGCCGGAGCGGAACGCGGACGGCGCCCCGGAGAAGGGGGCGUUCAGCGCGCCCAUCAAGCAGGAGUCCGACUGGAGCGACAGCGACGCGUCCUCGUCGCUGCCGUCCCAGAUCGAGGCGUGCGCCCAGACCUCCGUCAGCCUCCCCACGGGGCAGCCGACGCCCCCCACCACCCCGGAGCCCGUGUCCGCCGGCAGCUCGGCCAAGUCCUCCCCGCGCAAGACGGGCCGCGAGAAGGGCAAGAAGGCCGUGGACCGAUACAGCGUGGAGUACCGGCAGCGGCGCGAGCGGAAUAACAUCGCCGUGCGGAAAAGCAGGGACAAGGCCAAGAAGCGCAACAUGGAGAUGCAGCACAAGCUGCUCGAGCUGAGCGCGGAGAACGACAGACUCCAUAAAACGAUCGAGCAGCUAACCAGGGAGCUCACCGGGCUCCGAGACUUCUUCAAGCAGAUGCCCGGCGCGUCCUUCGCCGGCGCCGCGAGCGCGGCGAGCCGGUGACACAGCAACGGUGCGCCACUGGGCUUUUAGGAAACAUACCUCAAGAGACAUUUCACUUUACCAUCUGUACCAGAUGUAUUUUAAGCUUACCAUAAUGGCACUGGAAAAUAUAUGAUGUUGCUGCCAUAUUUUUGUGGGAUUUUCUCUGUAUUAAAUUAUUUUACCACUGCAUUUAUAUGAUAUGAUGCUAUACCUGAUAUGGUACAUCUUUUAUAAUUCCAAACUUUGUAUAAGAGCCAGAGCAUGAUCUUUUAUAUAGUUUGUAUGAACCCUUGAAACCAUUUGUCUAUGGAAUCUAUAAUAAAAACAUCAGUGAAACGGUG